CGAAUCGCUUUGAUGGUCGAAAAGGUGGUGCAAAGGCGAAGCGCGGGCGAAGGCGGUUGGUCGCUCUGCUCGUAUCCCUCUUUUUGUUCCCUUAUUUUUUCUCUCUUCUUAUCUCUCGAUAUUGCUUUCCUUUCUCUUUCUUCUUGAUAGUCUCCUCUCGUCAGCUCAAUGAAUGCGUCGUAUAACAGGUUUGGUGAGCUUUCAGGUUUGGAUAGCGCAAGCCCCAGCGCACGCCACAAGGCACCUUAUACCGGCAUUCCAGAGCCCAUUACCUCAUCGAUGCGCCAAGGUUCAGGCUGUGCUGCCCCUGGACAGUGACGUGACCGUGCAACAACUACAGUGCACCGUACAGUGCGCAUGUGAGAUUGCGCCACGGAGCACCAACGUACCUAGGUAUCAAUUCAACCCAGGAUUAACAUCAAUGCAACGCACAUGCUCACCCAAUAGAUUGACCAUACCCCGGCUGCCUGUUGUUUCACUGGACAUGGACAUGGUACGAGAUACCCAUUGAAAUGUUUAACAUUUAUACAGUACAUGCCUUUACGAUUGAUUGCUUUCAAAGACGUAGCAUCUCUCA